AUGGCAGUUUCAGAGAAGGCGGUACGACCAUGCUCAUCGUCUUCGUCGGGUUUGGACCCGCUGUUGAAGGAUCUUACGGAGAAGAAGCUGAGCUUUAGAAGAAACGUGGCAUCUCUGGCGUCUGAGCUAAAGGAUGUGAGGCACAAGCUUGCUUCGCAGGAGCAGUUGUUUACUAGGGAAUCCCAAACUAGGGAGGUUGCGGAGACGAAGGCAAGGAGCAUGGAGGAGGAAGUGAGUAAGCUGCAGAAAUGCUUACUGGACAAAGAUGAGCAGCUAAAUGCAACGAGAGGCAUCACCGAACAUUACCUCGAUGAUUUGGAUGAUCUUAAAUCACGACUAUCAGUAACUCAAGCUACAGCAGAAGCCAGUGCUGCAUCAGCCAUGUCGGCUCAGGCGCAGUGCUUGUCAUUGCUGAAAGAGCUGAAUGAGAAGGAUCGCUCGCUGAAAGAGCACGAGCUUCGAGUUAACAAGCUUGGCGAGCAGCUAGGUCUUCUCCAGAAGGACCUUGAGGCAAGGGAGCUUUCACAGAGGCAACUCAAGGAUGAAGUUUUAAGGAUUGAGACAGAUAUCAUGGGUGCAGUUUCCAGAGCUGGGUCUAGUAAAGAUAACGAGCUUCUGAAGGUUUUAUCUGAUGUUUCACCAAGGAAUAUCGAGAAUAUUGGCAAGCAUUUGAAUACUAAGGAUACAGAGAUUGCCAGGCUGAGAGAUGAAAUUAGGAUAUUAUCUGCUCAUUGGACAAACAAAACAAAGGAACUAGAGUCACAACUAGAGAAGCAGCGCAGAACCGACCAGGAACUGAAAAAAAGGGUUCUCAAACUUGAAUUCUGCCUUCAAGAAUCACGAUCUCAAAUCCGAAAACUUCAGAGGUUGGGGGAGAAGAGGGACAAGCAACUCAAGGAGCUCAAGGAUCAGAUGGCCAUGAAGCAGCCCGACGGCCCUCGCCGCGACGAAGGCAAGAAGCCCUUCUGGGAGAAUGAUACGUUCAAGUUUGUCGCCGGCAUGUCGAUGCUGGUCGUGAUGGUCCUCGCAAAGCGCUGA